AAUAUUUCACAGUCGGCCAAAAAAUUAUUCUUAUCAGAAAAUUAUUAUUAUCUUGGAUUAACAACGUAAAAAUCUAAUCUAAGUAAUUUAACAGUAAAUCUUCAGGAAGGAUUUAUGUUGAAUGUCAACAAAAAUACUAAAGAAAUAAUUGAAAUACGCGCACGAUUUUAGUUCUACUAUUCGCCAGAGAAUAGUUCCAACCAGACACUUUUAUAACGUACAAGAAUUACGUUCGUUCAUUCGCUUAUCGUCGCGUGUGCUGUGUUACUAAAGGAAAGUUUCUUUUAUGCUCAACAAGUUUUUCACUCAAUUGUUCAGAGAUCAUCGAUUUUACUUGCGAGGGUGAAAUCAUAUUGGAUGAGAAGAUCACAAAGUUGAAGCACCGAACGAACACAAAGAUGAACGGUCAUUUGGAAAUUUCAAAUUUACGACUUAACAAAAGUGAAAAAAAAAGAGCGAUAGAUGAAGAAACUGUUGCUGAAAUACGAACACGAAUGCAAGAAAUUUCGGAAAGCAUUAUUGAACAAGUCAAUGAUCGUAUUAAUGAUAUGAUAUCAGAAGUAUUAAGCAAAACUGAUCGUGAAAGAUCAUUACAAAUGUCAGAUAAUUUGAGUGAUAAAUACUGUGAUAAAAGAAAAUCAUCAAAGGAAAGUAUCUUACCGGAAAAACAAUUUUCUGAAAGAAAUUCAUUAUUAACUGAUCUUUUUAACACCAAUAAACAUGUGCGGACGGUAUAUAAUAUAUUUACAACGAUACUAAUAUUACUUUUUAUGAAUACUAUUACAUACGAUAUUAUGGAUGGUGGAUCAAUAAAUGUCGGAAUGAAUAUCAUAAUAUGGAGUUUCGGAAAAUUUUCAAGAGUCCUUUAUAUUUGGUCUUUAAUGACAUUAACGACACUUGGAAUUUACAUUCCGUUCUAUAUUUGGGCGCACAAACGUCUUCAUUUUUUACCAUUAUCAACUGCUUUAAAAGUAUGGGACUAUGGAUGGAUAGCGGGGCUUGUAUUAUAUUUGCUCAUUUUCAUCGUUCUUCCAGCUAAAGCAAUAGUAGAUGAGGGACUACCAGUAGCUUCUAGCACUGUAAUUCUUACAGAACAGGUUCGUAUGUUAAUGAAAUGUUACGCUUUCAUAAGGAGUACGGCACCAAAAUUUCUUAAAUACAAAAUACACGCGGAAAUGGAAAAGCCAGUAAUACCAGAUUUUUCGAAGUAUCUGUAUUUCUUCUUCGCUCCAACGUUAAUCUAUAGAGAUAAUUAUCCUAGGACAAAAAGUAUUCGAUGGAAGUUUGUUCUCUGGCAUUAUGCAGAAGUUUUGUUGAUAAUAUUUUACAUGGCUUUCAUAUGCAAACGCUUCUUUUAUCCGAUAUAUAGAAAGCAUGGAGUGAAACCUGUAAGAAGGGAAGAAUUGUUUCUCAAUAUAAUCAACACAUCCAUGCCUGGAAUUCUUUUCUUCCUUUGUGGAUUUUAUUGUCUUUUACACGCUUGGUUAAACGCUUGCGCUGAAGUAUUGCGUUUUGCCGAUCGAUUGUUUUACAAGGACUGGUGGAAUUCAUCAUCUUAUAGCGUUUACUACAGAACAUGGAACGUCGUCGUGCACGAUUGGCUUUACGCCUACGUAUACAAAGAUGUGGUUGAGAUCUUAACAAACCAAAAUAGGUUUAUCGCAACUUGCUCCGUAUUUUGCAUAUCCGCAUUCGUUCAUGAAUAUAUAAUGUGUUUUGCCUUCCAAUUUUUUUGUCCCGGAAUGAUACUUUUGUUUGGUUUCAUAGGCUGUCCGUUGACUUUUAUCACAAGAAAAGCUGGCAAUAUAUUUCUAUGGUUUACCCUUAUCUUAGGUAACGGUGUAAUGUGCAGUAUGUAUGCUAUGGAAUUCUUUGGAAGACAAAAUUGUGUUGAGUAUCCUGAUAAAUUCUUGAAUUUCAUUUUACCGAGAAUUUGGUAUUGUAACCCUAUAUCCGAAUGAACAUUAAAUAAGAUGUACAUUAGUAAUAUUGAAAGAAUCACUUUCUGAAUUCACUGUCUCUUGUAAUAUAUUCGCUAAAACAUACAUGUAUUUUGUGAAAACAUUCA